AUGGCUGAGAACAAUGAGAUUCCACCACCUGUGGUGAGGUUUGGCGACACUCUGAGAUCGGGAAUUGAGUACCCAGGGGAGUGUGCCUACGCAAAUGACAACGUCAACAUUCCACCUCACUACAUCAGUUUGGUGAAUGGAGGAAAUCUUUUUCAUGGACGGGAUGAUGAAGACCCGGUGAGCCAUUUGAAUGCCUUCUACGAGCUGACAAACUCUCAUAGACCUCCAAAUGUGGAACACAAUCUGAUCAAGAGGGUCUUAUUCCCAUUCUCUCUGAGGGAGAAAGCAAGAGCUUGGUAUGACUCUAUACCGGGCUACAACAUUGAAACAUUCCAAGAGUUGAAGACGUUGUUCCUCUUAGAAUAUAAUUCCCCGAUGAAGAUCGAGAAAUUGAGAGAAGAGAUCACUUCUUUCCGACAAAAGUAUGAUGAGUCCUUUGCAGAAGCUUGGAAGAGAUUCACAGACUUGAUAAGGAAAUGCCCGAGCCAUGGUCUAGCUCCGGGGCAUGACCUUUUGAAAUUCUACAAGGGACUCAACAAUGAAGGCACGGGACUAGUUACUGCAGGCUCUAAUGGAAACCUGGAUGACUUAACGCAUGAGGAGGUGAGAGCCUUAUUCCAAAGGUUGGCUAACAAUCAACGGAACUGGCACAACCCAAGGAGAGCAGCGGAGAAAGGAGGAGACACAUUCGGUGCUACAAAGGAUGCAGAGAGAGUAUCUGCAAUUGAAGCUCAAUUGGCAGAUAUAAGCACCCAGAUGUCGUCGAUGACAAAGGCAGUGAAAUCGCUGCAACUGACUCCUCAACCCCAAGCAGUGGCAGUGAUGAGAUGUGGAUUGUGUCAAGGAGGGCAUCAUACUGAUCAAUGCUCUAGUCUUCAAGGACCACCAAUCGAGGAUGUGAACUACAUUGGCAACAAUGGCCAAGGGUUUAACCAAGGCAACCAAUACAGCAAUCAGCAGAAUUGGAGGCCUCAGCAAUCGAACUGGAAUCAAAGUGGUCCUAGCAACAACUCGGGGAACCAAUGGAGGACAAACACUCAACCCCCGGGUUAUGAGAAGAAGCCAUCGGUAGAAGAUCAAUUGGGACAGAUACUCUCCUUCAUGACCAAGAGUCAAAAGGAGAAUGAGAGCUUCAAAGAAAGGACGGUAGAGAAGUUUGGUCAGAUGGAGGCUACAUUGAGGAAUCUCGAGACGCAGAUUGGACAGCUUGCUACAGCCUCACAUACAGGAAUUCCGAACACUAUCCCAAGCAAUACAGUGCCCAAUCCGAAAGGCAUCGAACAAUGUAAGGCGGUGACUCUGAGAAGUGGGGCGGACGAGGCAUGUAAAGGAAGUUCCGCGUUGGUGCAGGAUGCCCAACAUGGCCAAGAACAGGCUGCAUCCGGCAGCAAGGGACAUGGUGUUGAAUCUGAGUUAAGUGGAAGAUUUUCAGCGAAAGAGAAAGGAAAGCAUGCAGUGGAAGAAGUGUCAAACAGGAAGACAAUAAGUCCGGCAUUAGACCCAAAAAGCAUGUUCAACUUCUCUGAUCACAUCCCUCCUCCACCAUAUCCACCAAAGUGGAAGAAAAGAGCUCCAAAGGAGAAAAGCUUCGAGUGGAUGAUGAACGCGAUCCGAAAGGUGAAUGUGAAUGUCUCACUAGUGGACCUCUUCACUAACUUCCCCAAGUUCUCCAAGUUCUUCAAAGACAUGAUGGCAAAAAAGGAGAAACUUCAAGACGAGGGAAUAGUGGCAUUGAGCAUGAAUUGCUCACAGCUGAUUUCAGGGAAGAUGCCGAUGAAGAAGACAGAUCCGGGAAGUUGUGUGAUUCCUUGUGAGAUCGGAAAUACCAUCUUCACAAAAUGUUUAUUAGAUCAAGGAUCUGGAAUCUCACUUAUGGCUUUGAAGACGGCUCGAGCCAUUGGACUUGUGGACAGAAUGGAGCCCAUCGACAUUGCUCUACAAUUGGCUGAUCAUUCUAUCGUGAAGCCCACUGGAGUAGUAGAGGAUGUCUUGGUGAAAGUAGAAAAGUUCGUUAUCCCUGUGGACUUCAUAGUCUUGGAUAUGCCUGAGGACAAAGAAGUACCAAUUCUGUUUGGUAGACCGUUUCUUGCCACGGGAGACGUGUUGUUGGAAGCAAAAGAUAACUCUGUCACGUUUAGAAUUAAUGGUGAGCAAGUGACCAUUAAUAUGGAGAAAACGAUGAAACAUCCGAGUGAUGCAAAAGCGUGCUUCAGAGUUGAUGUCCUCGAUAAGUGCAUUUUUGAAAAAAUGCAUGGAAGUGUUGAUGACAAAGGGAGUUUGGAAGGAGACGUUGGUUCAACAAUCGAAGUAGAUUUUGAUAUUGAUGAAAGUGAAGAUCCUCAAAUGGAUGAACCUAGUCUCGACGAAGAAUGUGUGGUGGAUACUUACACGGUAGAUGUGAAACCGUCAAUGGAAGUGCCACAUAGGCUUGAAUUGAAGCCACUCCCGUCAAAUCGGAAAUACCCUUUCCUAGGUGAUGAGGAAACGUUACCGGGUGUGAUCUCGGCAAUUUGGAAUGGAUGCAAGAGAAGUGGCUUUACUAAUGGAGCCAAAGAGGUUUUGUUGCUUUUUGUAGGAACAACCGGGACAAUGGAGAUUGGAUUGGAGGUUAGGAACACUUGCAAGGAAUGUACAACCGCCCUCCCACCCGAAUGCCCUAUGGACUUCAUGCCGAGUUUGGGGGAGCUUUCUAUCCCUUUACUCUUUUAUGUCUUCUUUGCUUUCAUUGAGGACAAUGUUGCAUUCAAGUUUGGGGGAGUUUUAAAUGAGUUGCAUGAUUUAUUUGGGUGUAUUGUGUGA